CAACCCUGCGGACCGGCGUCGUCAGCAGGCCAUGCGCACGUGCUCGCCACUGCUGCUGCUUCACCAACCCCUACGCUCUCGAUAUCUCUCGAAGCUGUAAAGAGCCUACUUACAAACGUCCCGGAUCGGUGCUCGCAGUUCAAGGUCGCGCCUGCAGUUGCUUCUUUCAGUCUGCUCUUUCAUUUUUUAGUUCCUUUUAACCUUUUGCACCUCGGCGAAGCUCCUCCUGAUUCACCGUCUUACACCACGUAGCAAGAUGGGCUCGCGGAGACAUGUCGGCUCCAACGACAUCUCCGCUGCCUCAAAAAUUGAUGCAAAAAAGUUUACCAAAAAUGUCCAAAACAUUGAGGACAAAUGGAAACUUGUGCCGGCCUUUCUCAAAGGCAAAGGCUUGGUCAAACAACAUAUCGACUCUUUCAAUUACUUUAUCAAUGUAGAAAUUAAAAAAAUUGUUCAGGCCACUGGAAAAGUUUUCAGUAAUGAGGAUCCCAAUUUUUUCUUAAGGUACGUGAAUGUAUCCGUAGGAACACCCGAUAUUCCUGUAACUUACCAAGAAACGCGUAAAUCUUCGCCCCAUGAAUGUCGUUUAAGAGAUCUAAACUAUUCAGCUCCAAUUACUGUUGAUAUAGAAUAUAUGAGAGGACAGCAGCGAAAAUCGAGUAAAAACUUGUUAAUAGGGAGAAUGCCCAUCAUGCUUAGAAGUUCCAACUGUAUAUUGUAUAAUAAGUCCAGCUUCCAGUUGGCAAAACUCAAUGAAUGUCCGCUUGAUCCGGGUGGUUACUUUAUUAUUAAUGGUCAAGAAAAAGUUAUUUUAAUACAAGAACAAAUGCUCAGAAAUAGAAUAAUAUUAGAAGACGAUGGAAAAAAUUGCAUCACUGCAUCUGUCAACAGUGCUACUCAAGAACGGAAAACCAAAACCAAUGUAAUUGGAAAGGCUGGCAAAUAUUAUCUGAAACACAAUAUCUUUCAAGAUAAUAUUCCAAUAGUUGUUAUAUUCAAAGCUAUGGGUAUUGUUUGUGACCAAGAGAUAGUUCAACUUAUUGGAACUGAAGAAAUUUUCAUGAAAAAAAUUGCUGCCAGUCUUGAAGAAUGCCAUUCGUUGAAUAUUCAUGGACAAUUACAAGCUCUUAAAUAUUUGAUUAAUAAAAGAAAACUCAAAAGAGAACUAGGUCGUGUUUCUGGAUCUAAAUCUAGUAUUAUAGAUGAAAUGAGAGAUACCUUAGCUUCAAAUGUUUUGUCUCAUGUCCCUGUCGUUGAUUUCAAUUUUAAACUCAAAGCAACAUACCUGGCGUUAAUGGUACGUAAAGUUAUGAUUGCUCAAAUCGAUGGAAAAUUGAUUGAUGAUAGAGAUUACUAUGGUAAUAAAAGAUUAGAGUUAGCAGGAUCCUUAUUAGCACUGAUGUUUGAAGAUUUGUUCAAAAGAUUUAACAAUGAUUUAAAAGCAGUAGCUGAUAAAAAUAUCCCCAAAGUUAAAGCAGCUCAAUUUGAUGUAACAUCAUAUAUGACUAAUAAUUCAGUGAUCACCAAUGGAUUAGCAAAUGCAAUUUCUUCUGGAAAUUGGACGAUCAAGAGAUUUAGAAUGGAAAGGCACGGAAUGACACAAGUACUUUGUCGUCUAUCAUACAUAUCAGCUUUGGGACAUAUGACAAAAGUUAAUUCUCAAUUUGAAAAAACUAGAAAAGUUUCUGGCCCGCGUUCUUUGCAGCCUUCGCAAUGGGGAAUGAUGUGUCCGAGUGAUACACCAGAAGGAGAGGGAUGUGGAUUGAUAAAAAAUUUGGCUUUGAUGACUCACAUUACAACAGAAAUUGAGGAACAACCUGUAAUUAAUAUGGCUUUCACUUUGGGUGUAGAAAGUGUAAAUAGUUUAGGAGGUCAAGAAAUAAUUAGCCAAGACGUGUAUAUGGUUUUUUUAAAUGGCAACAUUUUAGGCACUGUCAAGGAUCAUCAUAGGUUUGUGAAUGUUUUUCGCAAGUUGCGAAGAAGAGGUCUUGUAGAUCAAUUUGUAUCCAUAUAUCCCCAACAUCAACACAAAUGCGUGCAAAUUAGUGCAGAUGGAGGAAGAUUGUGCAGACCGUACAUAAUUGUUGAAAGAUGUGAGCCUCUAGUCAAUCAGAAGCAUUUGAAACAGAUGCAGCAAGGAAUAAGGAGUUUUGAUGACUUUCUAGAUGAAGGCUUAAUUGAAUAUUUAGACGUGAAUGAAGAAAACGAUAGUUUUAUAGCCUUCAACGAAUCUUACAUAAAAGAGGAUACGACACAUUUAGAAAUCGAACCUUUUACAUUGCUUGGAGUGUGCGCAGGUCUUGUUGCUUAUCCUCAUCACAAUCAAAGUCCUAGAAACACCUACCAGUGCGCUAUGGGUAAACAAGCUAUGGGUACAAUUGCCUACAAUCAGAGAAAUAGAAUUGAUACUCUUAUGUACAAUUUGGUAUACCCUCACGCCCCGAUGGUAAAAACCAAAACUAUUGAACUGACAAACUUUGACAAGCUUCCUGCUGGUCAAAAUGCCAUUGUAGCUGUCAUGUCUUACAGCGGUUAUGACAUUGAAGAUGCUUUAAUUUUAAAUAAAGCUUCGAUUGAUAGAGGAUAUGGAAGAUGUUUAGUGUACAGGAACUCAAAGUGCGUAUUAAAAAAGUAUCCGAAUCAAAAUACGGACAUAAUUAAUGGACCAAUGUUUAACAAUCACAAAGUGAUUCCAAAACAUGAAGCAUUGGAUAGUGAUGGUAUUGCUGCCCCUGGUCAAAAGGUUGAAUCUCGAUCGGUGAUGAUUAAUAAAUCAAGUCCUAUUAACUGUACAGGAAAUGUGGUCACUGAAAGUAAAUCAAUCAAAGAUUACAAAGACGUGCCAAAUGUGUACAAGAACUCGGUACCGGCUUACGUAGAAAAAGCCAUGAUUUCUACCAACACGGAUAAUUUAUUCUUGGUAAAACUUUUACUCCGACAAACGAGAAGACCUGAAAUAGGUGACAAAUUCAGUAGUAGGCACGGUCAAAAAGGCGUCACAGGACUCAUAGUAGAGCAAGAAGAUAUGCCAUUCAAUGAUUCUGGCAUUUGUCCUGAUAUGAUCAUGAAUCCUCAUGGUUUUCCGUCUCGCAUGACGGUCGGAAAAAUAAUAGAACUACUCGCUGGUAAAGCUGGAGUUCUGAAGGGAAAAUUUCACUAUGGAACAGCUUUCGGUGGAUCUAAAGUUGAAGACAUUUGCGAAGAGUUGGCAAAUCAUGAUUUCAAUUACUUAGGAAAGGAUGUAUUUUAUUCUGGUCUUACUGGAGAACCACUUGAUGCGUACAUUUAUUCAGGACCCGUAUAUUAUCAGAAACUCAAGCACAUGGUACAAGACAAAAUGCAUGCUCGAGCCCGCGGACCUCGGGCUGUUUUAACGAGGCAGCCAACCGAAGGUCGAUCGAAGGACGGUGGUUUGAGGCUGGGUGAGAUGGAGAGAGAUUGCCUCAUCGGUUAUGGAGCCAGUAUGAUGCUGAUAGAAAGACUGAUGAUUUCAAGCGACUCAUUCGACGUUGAUGUGUGUAAUAAUUGUGGUUUGAUGGCUUACAGUGGCUAUUGUCACGCUUGUCGUACGAGCCCCGUAUCGACUAUUACCAUGCCUUACGCUUGCAAAUUACUGUUUCAAGAGCUCCAGUCAAUGAACAUUGUGGCUAGACUUACUUUAAAAAAUUAUUGUCAAUGAUAAGUAUUAUUAUUAUUAUUAUUAUUAUUAUUAUU